AUGUCUGAAGACGACUUCUCAGCCCUGCCUCUGCCCGACCGGUUUGCGCACAAGAACUGGAAGGUCCGUAAGGAGGGUUACGAGGAUGCGAAAGCACAGUUUGAGAAAACCCCUGAUGAAUCCCAUCCGGUUUUUGCGCCGUUCAUCCAAGAUCCCAGCCUGUGGAAAGCGGCUGUGGCCGAUUCCAACGUCGCCGCACAGCUCGAAGGUCUUGCAUCAUACUGUUCAUUCUUGAAAUUUGGAGGCCCCCAGGCUUGCACAAGAACCCGCGGACUCACGAUCGGCCCGAUCGCGGAGAAAGGUCUUCCGUGUGUACGACCAGCUGGUAAAGCCAGCGCACAGGAAGCUCUUUUGCUAUGUGUGGAAUUAGACAAAGCCGACCCCGUUAUCGAAGAACUCCUGCCGACUCUCUCUCAUAAAGUGCCCAAAGUGAUUGCUGCUGCUUUGACGGCUUUAACCACCGUCUACCACAACUUCGGAUGCAAGAUUGUCGACCCGAAGCCUACCCUAAAAGCUCUUCCCAAGGUCUUCGGCCACGCAGAUAAAAAUGUUCGAGCGGAAGCACAAAACUUAACGGUGGAACUGUAUCGGUGGCUCCGAGAAGCCAUCAAGCCGCUUUUCUGGGCCGAUCUGAAGCCAGUGCAACAGCAAGACUUGGAGAAGCUCUUUGAAAAUGUGAAGCAAGAACCUGCGCCAAAGCAAGAGCGGUUAACUCGGGCGCAGCAAGAUGCCAUGGCCACGGCUAGUGAAUCCCCGGCAGGCGAGGAGGGCGAAGAGCAGGGUGGUGAGGAAUUUGGUGAAGAUGAUGGUGGAGAGGUCGAUGCUUUCGACCUCGCGGAGCCGAUUGAUGUCUUUCCUAAGAUCCCCAAAAACAUCCAUGAGCAACUAGGCUCCUCGAAAUGGAAGGAUCGGAAGGACGCCUUGGACGCUCUUCAUAGCGCCAUUAACGUGCCACGAAUCAAAGAUGGUCCCUACGAUGAAAUUGCCAGGGCGCUGGCCAAGUGCAUGAAGGAUGCGAACGUUGCUGUUGUCACUGUGGCAGCUAACUGUGUCGAUCUGCUGGCCAAGGGCUUGCGCGGUGGAUUUGUCAAGUACCGACCCACCAUCAUGGUGCCGAUGCUGGAGCGCUUGAAAGAAAAGAAACAAACAGUGGCCGAGGCAUUGGGUCAGGCGCUGGAUGCUGUCUUCACAUCCGCUGGUCUUUCGGACUGCUUGGAGGAUAUCUUGGAAUAUCUCAAGCACAAGAACCCGCAAGUGAAACAGGAAACAGUCAAGUUCCUGAUCCGCUGUCUACGCACGACCCGGGAAGUGCCCGCCAAACCGGAAAUUAAAUCAAUUGCCGACGCGGGCACCAAGCUGCUCACCGAGUCUACUGAGGCUAUCCGUUCGGGGGGUGCUGAGAUUCUAGGGACGCUGAUGAAGAUUCUUGGUGAACGUGCUAUGAAUCCGUACCUUGAUGGCCUUGACGAUAUUCGGAAAACGAAAAUCAAGGAAUAUUUCGAGACCGCCGAAGUCAAAGCCAAGGAGCGACCCAAGCCAAUCGUCGGACCCCCCAAGGUCAAGGCUGCUGCCACCCCAGCCGUCGGCAAAAAGGUCGUGGGAGGAAAGAAACCAGCAAUGGGUCUGAAGAAACCCGCACCUGCCGCCGCUCCUGCGGCGCCCCCUGUGGAAAGCUCUCCAACCAAGCCCGUCGCUAAAGCGAUUCCUUCGAAACUGGGUGGGGUUCCAAAGCCCGGAGCACCCCCCGGAGCGGGACUCAAGCUUGGACGCAAGAUCGCUGCCCCGGGAAGUGUCGCCUCGCCGCAGAGACGGGUCGCCUCCCCGCCGUCGGAAGAGGCUGCGCCCCCGCCAGCUGCUCCCAAAUUUGGGCUUGGUCGCGGUCUUGCGGGUCGUCCCAUUGCUAAACCUGCCGCGUCUGCUGAAUCUGCUCCUGCCCCCGCUGCACCAGCAAUGAGUGGAAUGCCCGCUGCUGAGCGAGCUGAGCUGGAAGAAUUGCGGCUAGAGAAGGAGAAGCUCAGCCGAUCUGUUGAAGACAUGAAGUCCGAGCGCACCAAACUCAACUCGCAGAUUACGGAGCUUCAGAACCAGAACGCCCAGCUGAUUGAGGACCACACUCGCGAUGUCUUGAGCGUCAAAGCCAAGGAGACACAGUUGGUGCGGGCACGAAGUGAUGCCGAGACUGCGGAGCAAAAUGUCCACAAACAACAGAGAGAAAUCGAACGAUUGAAGCGGGAGUUGGCUCGGGCACUCCGUGCCUCUGCCAUGAGUCCGGCCAACGCCGCAUCCGACACUGCCAGCAUGGGUAUCCCAGAUGCAGGUUCUGUUUACCCAGAAGCCGUCAGCAAUGGCCACACUGCUGUGCCACGAUCCGGUCUCCACAUGGGCUCCCGGUUCGAGAGUGCGCGCCCUCAGAGCUAUGCCUCCGCUAGUCCUAGCGAAGAGAAGGAAAACAACGGGCUGGAAUCCCCAGGACUGAGCAGCCGCGACGGUAGUCUCGGCCGACGCAAGCUGAGCCCUACAUAUGGUUACUCGGCUGUGGGCAGCCCGACGCGCUCAUCUACCCGAGGCUCCGGCAAUCCCCCAGACGACGAACAGCAGCCCAGGUCUGCAGAGCCAGCGGAGAACUGGAAGCGGGCGGCUGAAGUUACCAGUCAAUUAAAGGCGAGAAUUGAACAAAUGAAGGUGAGUUUGUACAGGUUGUCCUUGUGA